AUGGAGGCUUUCCAUAGGAUUUUAACGGCAAGAGUUCUUGGACCCUGUACAUGUGUCCGUGUCCCGAGAAGAAGGCCAAAUGAGGUCCACGAUAGGACCACAUGCCAAUGGGCAAAAAUACUUGAAGCUUAUCACCAUACAAACAAACCAAACUGGAGGCAAAGUGAUCCAGCGAGAUGGAUGGACCCAGCUCUUGGUCCGUGGGAAAUAGCUAAACUUUACCUUCCCGAUCUGGGUGGACAUGUUGAUAUCAAGAGUGCAGAUGACAUGGACAUCACUAGUAUUUUGAACCUAGUGUACUGGUGCAAUCACUUCACCGUUCCUCUUGCUUUGAUUAAAGAUGUCCGCGACAAUCGAAACGACAGAUGGGUGCAUGUACCGAGACUUGAGUUACAAAAUGCAGAGAAGACCGUCGCUUUUGACUCCAUUGAAAAGUUACUGAAGAGUUCUGAAUUUGCCACAGAUCCAGACGCACAGAAUGCACUCAAAGAAAUCGAAAACCUUAAAAAUGUUUCAGACUCGCACAUUUUCGACGCUCAGGUAGUAGCAGAGCUUAUUAAAGUGCUGAAAAACGAGAUUGCACACUUAACGCAACAAUCCCAAACCAGCCAGGAGCAGUUGGACCAAAUGAAACAACUAGUGUUGUUAUUAGAAAAAAGAUUGGAAGACCUGGAGAAAAGGAACGGCUUUUCGAUACUUAUUCUCUUCAUACUGAAAAGUUUGGAAAGCCUUUUCAUUAGCCUGGCCAGGAAUCUCAAACGGAUCAGACAAGCCUUGCUGAUUUGGCUUUUCAUGGCUCUCUGUUUGAACCUCUUUGUCAUGCUGGAUGAUGACACUUUUAUCAGAGACGGCAAGUAUUUUUGA